CGACUGUACACACAGCGCAAGCGCCAUUGUGAAUUACCAGUCUUUCUCUGCUGCGUCACCCAAUCUGGAUCAGUAGACUUGCCAACGAAAAAGAAGCGUUGUCACCGAGUGUUUCAUUGGAUCACUAGACAAGAAGACCAAACCGAACGGAGCAUUUGCAGGAUUGUAUCGAGCAUUGGAUAACAGGCAGUUGAACAAAAGUUAUAUUAGAGCCUGAUAAGAGAAGACUUACGUACGCCUGUUGCGGUCUGCUAAAGCGAACGACGAACGAAAAGAGCGAUUCCCUCAGGUUCCCUCACCCUAGCAACGACACACCUGGGAAGCAUUACGCUCACCAUAUCGCCGAGCAACGACUACGAAUAGUCGGAAUGGCUUCCGAAACUCCUGCCCUCCCGGCUAUUCGCCCGGAGGUGUCUGCGCUCUUCCAAUCCAUCGAAGAAGCCUUCACCAUCACCAGCCUCGGCGACAGUCGUUGGUAUCUCCUCACGCUGGCGGCGCUGGUUGGCGGAACAGAGCCACUUCUCGCAGACCAGCUUUACCUCUACAUCAUUAGCAAACCGGAUUGCCAGCAAAGCGACCAGCGACAGAAGGUUGUUCGCACCCUGCGCGAAGCGCUCGUCAAGCUUGUCUCCAUCAUCGGCGUAUGCAAACCCCUCGAAGCCAUCCUCGCCAUAGCCAAAGUGGAACGCCCCGAGGACCGCGACUAUAGCUUCUCGCGCGAAGGCUGGGCCAACAAUAGCGAGAACCAUGCCCGCGGUAUGGACUGGUUGAGGAAAAUCUACACGCACAACACAGACAAGACGCUCGCCCUGUUCGACGCUCACAAGGACUUUCGAUGGAUUAGCACCGAGAUCACAUAUGGGCUGUACCUCAGCGACCGGCAAGUUGUCGACGAUAUCGAUACCGAGGUGGUCGUGUUGGUCGGAAUCAUGAUACAGAAUCUGCCGCUCGAGACGGCGUGGCACAUUCGCGGGUCGAGACGAAUUGGCAUCAGUCUGGAGGAUGUGAAAACCAUGAUGGAUUGCGUAAGGAAGCUUGGUGAGUUCAUGGGCACGAAGUUAGAUCGGAUUCCGAGUGCGGAUGAUAUCGAGAAGGAGGUGUGAGACCGAACUGCAUAAGGGCGUAGACCAGACCAGACGAACGAAGCUCUGGCUAUGACAGUUGCGGGUUUAAACAAUAAAUAGUAACA